UAUACAGGCACGUUGCUUUCCCUCUCUCAAAUGGUUGCUACUCAAUCAAAAAGUCUAACAAGACUUUAUUUUUCUUUGCAUGUGUUUCCUCUAAGUCUCUACUUUCUCUCUCCCUGUCCCUCCGGUUGAAAAACCCCUCCUCCCUCUCUUGCUUUAUCACCAAGUUUUGCUUUUGGAUUGGUUAGAAACUUCUAUGCACGAGAUUGUUUCUUCAAUUUGUUAUGUUUUUCAAUAUCCGACCAGCUUAUGCUCCUGGGAAUUUUUCAUUUUUUCUCUUUGGUUCACACUGGUUUCUUCUCUUGCUUCUGUAACCUGUUGAUCCAGCCCUGUUGACAAUUUCACACUGGAUAAAGGGCCCUCCACUUUUCUUCUUUUGUUUGGUUUCCUAUCCAAGGGUUUUGGGGUUUAGAGGUUUUAGUUAUAGUUUUCUUGAAAAAGCAACUUUCGGUUGGGGUGAUCCGGCUUGGAUAUCGAUUUAUUAAAAGCUCAGUUUUGGAUUAAAAAAAGCUUGCUUAUGGUGCUUUGGCUACAAAUUCUUGAGAUUAAAAAUUCAAGGUUUUGAAGAGUGCAAAUGAAAUGGAUGGAUCACAGGGAAGUUCUAAUGCGCCGCCGCCUUUUCUUACUAAGACAUAUGAGAUGGUGGAUGAUCCAAUGACCAACUCUUUGGUGGGUUGGAGUGCAACUGGUUAUAGUUUCAUUGUAUGGAAUCCGCCAGAUUUUUCAAGAGAUUUGCUGCCAAGAUACUUCAAGCACAAUAACUUCUCGAGUUUUGUCAGGCAGCUGAAUACUUAUGGAUUUAGGAAGAUUGAUCCUGAUCAAUGGGAGUUUGCAAACGAGGAAUUUAUCCGAGGAGAGAAACAUCUUCUAAAGAAUAUUCAUAGACGCAAGCCAAUUCAUAGCCAUUCCUUGGUACAGCAAGGGAACUCUGGUUUACCAUUAACUGAGAUAGAAAAGAAGGAAUUUGAAGAAGAAAUAAAGAGGUUGAGUCAAGAUAAGAGCCGGCUUCAGUUGCAGCUACAAAGGCAUCAGAAAGAAAAUCAGGAAUUUCAGUUUCAAAUAAGGUUGUUAUCUGAGCGCUUCAAGAACAUGGAAGACAGACAGAGGCAGGUAAUGGUCUUCGUGGCUCAACUGAUACACAAACCACAUUUUGUCUCUAUGUUCAACCAAAAGUCCGAAUUUCAUAACAAAAAGAGAAAGUUGUUGAAUUUUAAUCAUUUCAUUGAUGGAUAUAACACGGUAGAACAUCACAGUUUGACUUCUCAGGAUGCAAACCUGGGAGCACCUUCUGCUCCUGUAUUGAAUUUGGAACAGAUUGAGAAGUUGGAUUCAUCUAUAAAACGUUGGGAAACAUUGUUCCACGGAAUUGGAGAAACUAUGGAUGAGAAAGUGUAUGAUUUUGGCAUAUCAUCACGGCCUUCUCCAAUUGAUGUUACUGAACUGCAGACAUCUUCUGGAGACUAUGACAUUGAUGGUGAACUUUGCUCACCUUCAUCCCAUCCAUGCUCUCCUCAUUCAACAGAUAUAAAUUCAUCUCCUGAGCUGGCUGUGUCUGUUUAUAAAGCUGACAGUCCCCCUAUACCAUCUUUUGACCAUAUUGCCAAUCUUAACCCAAAAUCUUUUGGAAUUGGCGUAACCUCAAAGCAUGCUACUCCUCCAGAGACUGAGGCCUUAAAAGAACAGGUAAAAGCCACAGCUGAUCAUUCUGUGCCAGGGAAGGUAAAUGAUGUCUUCUGGGAACAGUUCCUGACAGAAGUCCCCAAUUCAUUAGAUGCACAAGAGAUCCAGUCAGACCCUGGGACAACAAGUGGAAGAAUAAGUGGCAGCAAGCCACUUGAUGACCAAAAUUAUUGGUGGAAAACAAACAGAGUGCACUACCUCGCAGAGCAUAUGGAACACCUUUCUCCCGCUGAAAGAAUGUGAUUUUAUUUGAUCCCUUAACUUAGAGAAAAGGAGCAGCUACUCAGCGCUUGUAAUUCAUUGAAUUUUGCUUCAUCUCGUUGUUGUAGUGCAGACAUGAGAUGCAUGCUGCUAGUCAGAUCUGAGCUAUCAUAUAUAUUUAUUAAACUUUGUAGGCAUAUGAUGUUCAGAUAUUAGGAUAUAGGACUAUCUCUUUAUGUACCUUUAUCUAUAUUCUUUUUUUUU